AUGUCAUUCCAACGUCCUCAAACACUAUUCAAACACAACUUGCUUAGUUUUACUAAACGAUUCAACUCACAUAAACCAAACAAUGGACCCAAGAUUCCAAAACCACCCCGUUAUUCACCUCAAAACCAACAAAUCCUCAAUGAUUAUAUGAUUCCAGGACCAGCAUUAAAGUUCUUCAAGACAAAAAGAACAAAAAGAGAACCGAAACAGAAGAUAUGGCAAGCAACAAGACAUGAUAUAGAGCAUAUCUAUACAACACCAGCAAGAUCGAUCAACUACAACGAAUUUGAUUCUGCACCCACUGUAAUUCAAGAAAGACUGGCUGAACGUAUACAAAGAGCCAUCACAACCAUGUAUUCUACUGAAGUAUUACCCUCCAAAUGGAUCACAUUAAGCCAUGUGUCUAUUCGAGCAGUCAAAGUAUCCAGAAACUUGAGGAAAUGUAGAGUAUUGUAUGAACCUUUAUCUACCAAGAAAUCAGAAAGGGGACACAUACACCGUGCAUUACAAGACUAUACCCCUUUGCUCAACAGUAUGAUUCGAUCUCAUGCCCAUAUCAGACACCCUUUGUCAAUCAAAUUUGUACCCGAUACACAAGCAAAAGAAUUAGAAGAUAUCUUUGAGCGUUUAUUACUCUAA